AUUUGAUCGAUUGGCAGCUGAGCACCAUUGCCUGCGAAUCAAACUUUUGGGUGAUUGUUAUUACUGUGUAUCUGGCUUGCCCGAGCCACGGCCGGAUCAUGCACAUUGUGCCGUGGAAAUGGGUUUAGACAUGAUUGAUGCCAUAGCGCUUGUUCGUGAGGUGAUGGCUGUCAAUGUUAAUAUGCGUGUUGGCAUACACACCGGACGUGUGCAUUGUGGCGUACUGGGCUUGGUCAAGUGGCAAUUUGAUGUGUGGUCGAAUGAUGUGACACUAGCUAACCACAUGGAAAGCGGCGGCAUACCUGGACGCGUCCACAUCACCAAGGAGACACUCAAGUGUUUGGAUGGCGAUUACGAAGUGGAGGAGGGCAAAGGUGCCGAACGAAAUACAUAUCUGAAAGAUCAUCAAAUCGAAACUUAUCUCAUAGUGCCAGGUGAUAUUUAUCGACCGCACAAGAAAUCACGCAACCGACUGCAGGUGAAUGGCAACAUUUCCAAGGAGCUGCGGAUGAUGGGACACGCUGGCACACAGAAGAAUGCCUCCAAAUUUGGCUUUGGCGACAGCGCGGAAGGUGCUAAAGAUCCAGAGGAUGAAGUGAAUGAGUAUUUGAUGCGUGCGAUAGAUGCACGUAGCAUUGACCAUUUACGUGCGGAGCAUUGUCAGUCGGUGUUUUUGUCCUUCAAGGAUGAUGAGCUGGAGAAAAAGUACGGAUCGGAGCCAGAUCGUAUGCUGAGUGUGUAUUUCUAUUGCAGUUUUAUUGUACUAGUCACCACUACCGUUAUUAGAUUUUCAGCGUUUAAACC